UCAAAAUUAAAAUGUAAACAACGUGAAAUUCUGUUCCGAUUCACGAGAAGGAAACGCCAGUACCAGGCUCGGCGGCGUCGGCGAUCGCUCGGCGCGAGAAAUGCGAUUCUUUACCGCUGUAACGAAUAUUUUUGCGGCUUCCUUCUGAAACCGACACCUUCAGGUAUUAGUAUUUGCGUAGUUCGAUUUAUUAUUAGUGCACGUUGCAUCGAUGAGCCGCUGCAAUGGCCGAUCCGACGAUACAAACUUUCUGUUGCACCCAUUCGAAUAACACUGAUGUAGCUUUCAAGAUUAUGAAUGAGUUCGAUACGGAUGCUUAUAAUAUUGUUUGUAUCGUGUCUUCUACUUUGGGCAUUUUAGGAGCUAUUUAUCAGAUUUUACCAAGAGAAGAGUUCACACACAAUCAUAAGUGGUUCUCAUUAUCCGCCAAAAGAGGUAGAAAAAUAAUCGUUUGGCUAGCUUUCGCAGAUCUAUUAGCAUCUUUAGGUGUAUUCAUACGCUCCACAAUAUGGAUAAGCUACAAGAACAUCAUGCCUUCGGUUAACGAUGAUUCAAGCGUAGUAUUUUGUGCAAUAUCAUCAGCUUUAACACAAUAUUUUUACACUGCAACAUGGAUAUGGACGUUGUGCUACGCCUUGGAUAUGAGGCGCAUAUUAAAACAAAAAGAAAGCAAAACUUUACUAUACCACUUAGUAUCCUGGGUAACUCCUGCAAUUCUCACAACAAUUGGCCUACUUCUACUCUACAUUCCCGAUGCCGAUUGCUUCACGCCUUCUCCAUACAGCGUCACCAUCCUCCGAUACCUUCCAAAUUACCUGGCUACUUACGCUCCAAUCGCAGCGGUGAUGAUAGCGAACCCGUGCCUGUACAGAGCCUCCACCAGGGACAUGGAGGAGUUGAUCACGAGCGCCUCCGGCCAGCACACGAUCAAGGAAAGGGAGAUCAUUCGGGCGAUCAAAAUCAAAUUCUCUGUGAUUAAUAUAGUAUUCUACGUGUGCUGGCUGCCGAAUUUGCUCAACGGAAUUUUGAUAUGGACGCUUUGGUUCCAUUUCGAUACGAGUAUUACUUCAAUUUGGUAUGUAAUGGCGUUGUUAAACCCAUUGCAAGCGGUGUUCAAUUGCAUUGUGUACAGAAGAUGGAGUAGUGGUACGGAAAGGGUGAUUUUGCCGUGGAGGCAAAUCGUGGGGGUGGAUUCAGUUGGAAGCAACGGAUCCUCCAAGUCUUCUCUGGACGAUACUGUGCGAGAGGAAAUUUACCCCCUGUUGCAGAACACACCAACGAAUAGCGUAAAUUUGUACAAAAGUCUUUCGUAAUAAUUGAUAUUUAUUUAUUCACUGUUUUUUGUGACAGUCGAGCUUUUUUAAUGCUUUUUUGUGUAAGUAUAUGUAAUAAAUCGAUUGUAAUUUUAUCAAUAUUUUAUGUAUCCAGAUGUUUUUAAAUAAAUGUUGUUCGGUAUCGAUCUAGUAUGCAGUCUACCUAUGUACAUUAUCGUCGCCCAAGUAUAAUACUUUGACAAGUAUCAUAUUUUGCAAAACUAAAACUUGUGAAUAUGUCUCACAAAACUUCAAAUGUUAAAGUGUAAUUCUGAUACUUCCGUAAUUCUCGAUAAAUUGAAAUACUUACUCACUAUUCUUUACAUAAUAUAAUACAUACUAGUAAAAUAUUUUCGUUUGCUUAAUGACGAUAGUUAUAUUUACGUUUAAAUAAAUACCGGUGCUUCCCCAAUUCUCGGUAAAUUAAAUUACCCACGCGCUGUUCUAUAAAUACAAUUCCUGUUAAACUUUCUUUCGCUUACUGAAGGAUCAAUUUUCAAAAUCUUGCUGUUAUACUUUUGUAAUAAAUACAUUUGGCUAGACCACAUACUAGACCGGCACCGG